GCAGCCCCCAGGUGCCAGGGUCACCGGCGCAGAGGAGCCCCUGGUCCCGGGUCAGCCCCCUUUGUGCCCGCGCCCGGGCUCGCGGUGCCCGGUUGUGCGGCCGUUGUUCGCCGCUCGCUGCCGAGAGGCGGUGAUGGCUGGGUGGCUCUGGGCCGGCCGGAGGAGGCCGAGCGCCGCGGUCCGUGUCGGGGAGCCUCCUGGGUGUCACCCCUACGCCUGCCAAGCUGAGGGCGAGGGCUGUCUGCGCUGCCUCUGUCCCGGUCCAAGCGCUCCGCUUCUUCCCUACGGGUGGGAUCACUCUGUUCACAAAAGGAAAAGGCUCCCGCCGGUGAAAAGGUCUCUAGUAUACUACGUGAAAGGGAGAGAGGUCCGGAUGCAGAAUGAGUCCAGCUACCACCGCUUGUUGCAUGGAUACGCAGCCCAGCAGCUCCCCACCCUCCUGAAGGAGAGAGAAUUUCACCUCGGAACACUCAAUAAAGUGUUUGCCUCCCAGUGGCUAAAUCACCGACAAGUGGUGUGCGGGACAAAAUGCAACACGUUAUUUGUAGUAGAUGUCCAGACUGGUCAAAUUACCAAGAUUCCUAUCCUGAAGGAUCGUGAACCUGGCAUGGUGAACCAGCAGGGAUGUGGCAUUCAUGCCAUUGAGAUCAACCCCUCAAGGACGCUCCUGGCCACAGGUGGAGACAACCCCAACAGUCUUGCAAUUUAUCGUCUGCCUACACUUGAUCCUGUCUGUGUGGGAGAUGAUGGACACAAGGACUGGAUAUUUUCAAUUGCAUGGAUCAGUGAUACUAUGGCUGUUUCUGGUUCCCGGGAUGGUUCGAUGGGUCUCUGGGAAGUCACAGAGGAUGUGUUAUCCAAAAGUGAUGCCAGGCAUAAUCUCUCUCAAGUUCCUGUCUAUGCCCACAUAACACACAGUGCUCUGAAGGAUAUUCCUAAGGAGAACACCAACCCUGACAAUUGCAAAGUCCGAGCAUUGGCUUUCAACAAUAAGAACAAGGAGUUGGGAGCUGUGUCCCUGGAUGGGUAUUUUCAUCUUUGGAAAGCAGAGCACACGCUAUCAAAGUUACUUUCCACAAAGUUGCCAUACUGCAGGGAGAACGUCUGUUUGGCAUAUGGUCAGGAGUGGUCAGUGUAUGCAGUAGGAUCACAGGCACAUGUCUCUUUUCUGGAUCCAAGGCAGCCUUCUCACAAUGUUAAAUCCGUCUGUUCCAAAGAACGAGGCAGUGGUAUCCGCUCGGUGAGCUUCUACGAGCACAUCAUCACUGUGGGGACAGGACAAGGGUCCUUGUUGUUUUAUGAUAUCAGAGCCCAAAGGUUCCUGGAAGAGAAGCCCCCCCAUGUCUGUUAUGGACAGAAGCAGAAAUUAGGAGGAAGUGAAAUUUUGAAGUUGACAACUGGGAAAGGCUGGCUGAACCAUGAUGAAACCUGGAGGAAUUAUUUUUCUGACAUAAAUUACUUCCCAAAUGCUGUUUACACCCACUGCUAUGACUCGUCUGGAACGAAAUUGUUUGUGGCAGGAGGCCCUCUUCCAUCAGGACUUCAUGGGAAUUAUGCUGGUCUCUGGAGCUAAUGAUAACUCUUCAUUCUGAUGCUGAUCUUUACACAGAUUUCCACUUUCCUUCUUCUUUUUUUAACAACAAAAUUGUGUGAUGCCACUGAUUCCUGAUUUAAACACAAGUUAUUUUUUGGCGGAAUUUUCUGUUGGUCUCCAACAGUUUCGUACAUCUUUUUGAACUAGUUUUUUGCUUUAACCUCCUUGAUCCUUUGUAUGGAGGGGUUUUGAAGUUCUUUUUUAUUGUAUUUAGUCCAAAUGACUCUUCCCCCCAUUUAGGCUGGCUUGGCCAUGUGUCCCCUCCUCUACUUUGCUGUGAGGUAGGAUUUCUUUCUUAAAGAGUGGUUGCUCCUGAACUUUCUGUGAAAGUCUUGGGGCUGCAUGUGUGCAGGUACUUUGUGUCAGUUACAUUACCUGGAGUGAGGACUACGUGUAAUUAAAAACUAUUAAAAAUAUUUAUAAGAGAUAAGCUACUACUUUAUCUGCAGAGCCUGGCCCUGGCCUGGGUUGAUUUUAAAAGUACAAGUAUUUUUUAAAAGUACAAGUCUAAUGACACUGUUUUUACAUAGAGGGAUAUGGUAAUUUUAAGCUGUACUCACUGGAGCCCAGGGAUGGGUUCCUUAGGGGUAUUGCCAUCAAAUCCAAAGUGCAGGAGUUUCUAAAAGUGCAUUUUUGUUUGAAUGGUAGUUCUCAGCAGUGCUAGGAGCAAAAAUUGGUCUGUUUCUUCACUGUCUGUCCCAGGUAUCAGCUUGCACAACUGGAGUUUGUACAGACUGUUUUGCAGCGUGGCUGUUGCAGGGUGACAUUACAUUGAAGGCUGCAGAGAUGCUGAGAGGAAAUGGGGGCUAGUUAUUCAAAAUGAACUAAAUCUAUCUGUUCUUCAGAUGAAAUAUGACUUCUGAGUAUUCUGUUAGGGUAGCUUAUAAGAUCUUCAUAAACUGCCUUAAACCUUGGACCUUUUUUAUCCCAAGUUGUGGAAAUUUUUCCCCUUUUUGCUGUUCUGGUUGGCCAUCUGCUCAAAGAAGCCAAUGGAAUAAAUAAACUAAUUUUUUUUCACGAAGAUUAAAGAGUGCAUCUCAGACUUUACUAAUGCAAGUGAGCAGCUUUCUGCAAAGCAGGGUAUCUUGGUGUUCCCUCACUUUGCACUAGCAUAUGCUGUAGGAGAGGCUCUUGCUUUUCCAGAAUCCCUUGCUGCCUUCUGCUUUCAGACUCCCUCCAGCUUCACCUGGGACUGGGAGGGGAGAAUGGGUCCAGUGCCCUUCAGGUCCCACUGUGUAGCGCGUGCCUCCCAUGGUGAUGGUCUUACCCAAUACUCAGCUAAAAUGCAAGAUUCCAAGGUAUUCCUCCUUUUGGCAGGCACCAAACUCUCAGCUUGUUAGUGAUGCCUCUGUCCUCUGCUGGAAUUAAUGCCUUUCCCCUGACAUUGGUGGAGCAAAGUGUGCCUGUACCUCGCAGCUUUGGUGCCAAAUGGGCAGUUGAUUGAAACUGAGAGGAAAGACAAGGCAGGACAUGCUCUAUUCUCCCAUCUCUGUGGGAGAUCAACUACCACUGCAGCUCCUGUCCACAGCCCAGAGCUAAUCUGCAUUUGUCUUUGCAGUCUCUCUUACUUUCAUACUCAAUAUCUGCAUCAGUAACACCAAGCAGUCCGCAUCAGGCUUAAGUUCCAGCUGGUAUGGAGACCUGGAUGGAAAUCCUGCAAGGAGUGCAGGUCCCUCUCAUUGGGGUGGAAGUCCUGGCAAGAGAACUCUCUCCCAGGUGUGCACUUAUCCCAGAAGUAUAAUUAAAACUGAGCAUUAACACAGGUGCUUCACAAGCAGACCUUCCAGUGUUGCAUAAUACUUACCAUUGUGGCCUGGUUGCAUAAACUGCAUCAGGUCAUCACACAUGUGUGAUGUGUGUAUGUCUAGACAGGCUUUUCUCUGAAAAGGUAAAAUUAUAUACCAUGGGGUAGCUGCUUUGGUUAUUUUAGGGGCUUGCAAAAGUGGAAGUACAUGAAGAAAAAUAAGUCUUGGAGAAGAAUGGCAAGAUUUGUAUCCUUACAGCUACUGUGUAAGAUCAUUUUGUCACAAGGAACAUGUUCUGCUUUGGUUUGUUUGUUUGUUUUUUAAUUUGUUGAAAGUUUUUUGCUUUGUUUUUUUGAAGAAGCUAGACACUUGAGUCUAGCUGAAUGUCCUCUGUUCUGCUGAAGCAACAGGUAAUAGCUGGGCAUUUAGUGUCAGCAGUGCCAAAGGGAGACUCCUGGUCUGGAAAUUCGAGCCCUGAUGUUGAUCUAUUAAUUGAAGCAUAUUUUAGGCCAUGAUAGGAGGAAAAAGCGUAUGUGUAUGGCCUUCAAACACAAAGGCCAAUUUUUCUGAAGUCUCUACAUAACUGAAGAGGCACCAAAAUUGUCCCUCCCUAUUGACUGUGAUCUCCACAAGUACCUUAAUGUGUGCUCCUAAAGCCUGGUAAUGUGAGUGCCCUUUUCCUCCUUUUUUUCUUCAUAAAAGGCUCUGCACAAUUCUCAGAUGAAUCUGGACAAUGAUGUAAAAUGUCUCAAGUCUCACAUGCUUUUGUGUAUUCUGCUUUCAGGGUGCUUUCUUGCAAACAUAACUUCUCACAGUAAGGGAGCCAUCUUUGUUGCUGUAUGAGAAUCCCCAUUAAAAAACUGGUAACGAAACCAGAUAGUGCUGCAAGCACACAAACAAUUUGGACCAGAGAUAACUUAAUUUUUAGCUAGUUUCAGUGGUUUUAAAUGCUUACAGUGAUAUAGAUGUUAAGUUUCAGACUAUUUCUCUAGUUGGUCAUAUAUAACUUUUGUUCCAAUCACUGUUAUAAACUGAGUCAUAGAAAGAUGAUGAUGAUAGGCCAACUGUCCAAAGAUAAGUAAUAGAAGAAAAACAAUUUUUUUUUACUUUGAUUUUGUUGCCCUUUUGGGUUAGAUAUCUACUGAUCAUGGUUAGAAAUUAGUGGGUUUCCCAUCCAAGCACAGGAAUGGCUGCAGAGUAGGUAGCCUCGAGACUCUGCAGAGAGGGAGGCUGGGUACCUCACUGUUCAAAAGCCAGAUACAACCCUGCAGUGGAGUGAGCUCAGUCUGGUGACUGCACUACAGUAGCUUCCUGAAUAGCUUCCUGUGUGCUGCUGAGACCCAAUGACAUGCAUAUAAUUGGACCAUCUUAUCUUUUCCACUGUUUUUUCAAGAUUUCCCUCCCUUGAUCUUUCCUGCUUGAAUUGUUUGUUUGCGGUUGCCUCCUCCAACCCACAUCAUACCAGUCUUUGCUGUAGCAAUAUUGUCCUUGCAGAGGUGACCUCUGCUGAGCAGGAACAGGCUUGCUGGCAUUUGGUCAACCUGUGCUCAAAAGCUUCAAUUUGCUUUAUUUUAACUGGAUAGAAGUUAAGGCUGGCUCAGACUGUUGAACAGGGCAGUAGCCCUGGUACGUGUUUAACUUACAUGAUUGCACAGUAGCAGUCUGUUCCACAUGGGCAACAUACUCUGGUUUAUCUUGCUUGAAGGAGAGAACUUUUAGCAUAACAUGCCUUCAGACUGGUUGCUAUUGACUUCUCAGUCGUGUGGAAUCUUCUAUGGUACCAAUGAGUUUAGGAGACUACCAUGUUAAUUUAGGUACUUUGGGGUAUUAUAUUUUCAGUAUUUAUGAUAGGUAAUCAAACUAGUGACUCAGUUGUGGGUUUGAUAAUACCUAGCUUGUAAAUACUGAGUAGCAACUCUUCAGUAACGGAUGUUAUGUCAUGCGACAUGCCUGAGGAAUCAGAAGUUACUUUACAUUGUUGGCUUCAGCACAGUAACAAGGGUUAUGCUCACCCUCUUCACUAAACACCUUAUUGCUGUAAUUCCUCCAGGUUUCUCCCUUGUACAGUCCAGUAUUGUAGGGAAAAUUGCUAGAAUUGAAUUCCCCUGGUGCUUUCUGGGAUUGCAGUAAAGAAGUUAGUCCAUUUGUUUGAUUCCCUCAUGAGUGCUGCUGGUGUUAGUUUGAGGUGAGUAAAUUACCAAAGAAUAGCUGAUAGUAGGUUUAUGUUCCUAGUCUCAGUUCAUUCUCCCUACAGAUCCAUUUUUAAGAUCAUUGCAAGAGUGCCCAGUGAUCUUGCUGGCCUUAGUCUGUUCACAAAAGUUACACUCAUAUUGUGGAUAACUCUUGUCACUGUCUUCAUGAGAGAGACUCCUGAAUUGCAUUAAGGGGUUUAUAUUUGCUGCCUCCAUUUUAGGUCUUUGGUAGCUUUUUGUAUCUAAAGGAUUAAGAUACUUGGGGAUCAUUCUCUUCAAGAAUUUCAUCCUAUUCCUUCACCUGAGCACUUGUUUUGUCUAUAGCUUGCAGCUAAAAAACUAACAGAUUAAAUUGAUGAUCCAGCUAUGCCGAGUGGUGCUUUGGUGUUGUAAUUUGUGCCACUCAGCUGAGAGGCAUUACAACCCUUUUGAACUGCUGUGCCUCACCUGGUGCAGGCAUGAAACAAAGCAAGCUUGCCUAGACCCUUCAUGAGGUCACUUGUUUGCUUUGUUUGCAAGAAACGAAGGACAGGUGGGCUGUCAGUUACUGCAUGUGGGAAAGCAGCAGCAUCUUUCAGCAGCCAAGUGGGAGGUCUGUUUUUAGUGGUCUGUUACCCUUAUUUUCAAUAAAUGCACUUUUCCAAGGUGUCUGAUACCUUCUUACUUAGCUACUUCUGCAAUUGCUGCUAUGACUGAAUUACUGGAUUGGGGUAUAGCUUGUUCCUAAGGAACUCUGUUGGAGAUCUGUGUAUCAUGCAGGUAGAGUUGAUCCUCUGGCCAGCCCAUGCUGAGCCAGGAACUCCUGAGCUACCAGACACAAAUUUUUUAGCUGAAAGCCAAGUGAAAAUCGCUGUAUGCCCUGCUGGCCACCCACAGUCUGAGCCCAUGGUAUGACCCCAACUUAAAAUGCACUUCUGAGUGUUAUGGUGCCCUCAAGUAACUUAUUUGAAAUUCUGAAGCAGACACUCCAGGACAAGGGAGAGUGGAAGAGACAACACAGCUACAUCUUGGGUGAGGUACUGUCAUUUGCCCCUGUACAUGAGCACUUUGUGUGGUGAGGAUGGGCAAGGAACACCAGAAAAACAAUAAAAGGCAAACAGUAUUUGGUAUGGCUCUCAGGACUCCUGAAGAAUUUAAAAACUAGAGGGGAUAUGUAAAUGCUUAAUCAGAAAUAUCUUUGAGAAAUCAAGUAUAUAUCCUGACAUCCCAGUGUUAUUUUAGCAACUCUGUUUUUAUUAUAAUAUUUCUGUUUUAUUAUAAUAACUGUUUGUUAUUUUUCAAAGAUGAAAUUAGGAAGUCAGUUUUUGCUUGUGAUGUUGGGUUUUUUAAUGAAAACCGUGUGGUACUUGGCUAAUUAAAAGAAUGCUCUUGCAGAAAGGAAUCUUCCCAUUUUCUAACAGCCUUUUCCACUAAUACCCUGUUGGGAGCAGUACGGUCUAAGAAAGUGUACACAAAUUUAAAAUGGAGGCGGCAGAGUUGGGAAAAUGUGGGCAGUCUGACUGUUUCUAUACCCAAAAAACCACCAACACCUGAUUGUAUACAAAUUGUGUUUGCUGUACUGAAAUUGAGAGGGUGUAUAAAACCCCUUGCAACAUACUGCAAUGUCUUUAGUCUAAGAUUCUUUUGUAUUAUUUUGCCUUUAGAACAAAAAAUUUAGGAGUCAAUACAGUGUUCUCUUAGGAACCGCUUUUCUAGAUUCCCUUGCUAAAAGGGAAAAUUCAGGUGCUGAAUCUUACUAUCUCAUUAAACUUGUGUGUACUUUUUAUUUACCCAUUUACCUGGUCUCUUUUCAUUUUCAAGACCUCUCACAGUCUCAGGGUAUAAAUCACUAUGGCUCAUCCAAAUAGUACCGAAACGGACCAACCAGAGGUUAAUGUGCCUUCCUCUUCUGGUACCUUGAUCUUUAUAAAGUUAUCUCAAACUUGUCACUGUCUUAGGGCUGGGUACAUGCAUUGUCUUUUUCUAAGAUGUAUGUGUUGAAAUUGCAACAGGUUUGUACUGUUACUUGUGACUUGUUCCAUUUGUGUUAAGAUGUGGUGUAGACAAAUCAAUGCGCUGGGUGGUCUUGAUAUCAGUCUUGCCAGUGAUAUCUGUCAGUCCUUGCUUGUAUGUUCAUGUGUAGAUAAAUGCUGGAUAUUCCCCACUGCCUGUGGUGCAUAAAAUGCACAAAAUACACAAGGUGUUUUAAAAUGUGCAGUGGUCAUAACUUGUUGCCUGAAGAUAGGAUGUCCUACAGUGAACUAUUUUUAAUGUUUUUUUCCCAAAUAUUUUUAAUAAGAUCCAAAGCCUUGAGGAAAAAAAAAAAUAAUCAGGACUUGCUGAUACUUGAUGGCUUUUGUUCUGAAUCCAGGGUCUGAUGUUUGUUAACAGCUCCUCCAAAUCCACCCAUCUAGCAGAGGCUUUCUCAGCUUGUUUCUGUCAUGAGCUGUAUCAGAAACAGCACUGAAUCCUGAACUAUCACAGAAGCUGUCAAGCAAAGUAGUAACAGCUCCCUUCAAAUAUUCCAGUGCACAUUUUUUGACUGUAAGAUAAACCUGUUCCAAGUGAUUGAUGCAGCUUGCAAAUGGAACAGUGUGAAAUUGCAGAUAGUAUGUGAAACCAGCCUGUCUGCACAUGGGGCUUAGUGUUCUGUUACCUUGCAAAUUGUUUCUCCUCUCUGAAAAGGUGUUUUUUGUUGUUGUUUUUUUCAACACAAAGACAUUACAUUCAGUUUAGUUUUCUAAAGAUGUAUUUGUUUGCAAACCUCAAACUGACAUCUGGCAUUUGGCCUGAGUUUCUAACUCUUAUGCAUUUAGAAAAUACAGUAGAAUUGAUACAUUAUGUCUCAUAAUAGCAUGGAAAAGGAACAUAUAUAUCUUCACUUGCUGUGGCCUUCCAUGGACAUGCCUAUGCAUAAUUAACUGAAUGAUAGUACUGCAUUCUGUUGAUCCAUGAGGUUACCUUUGUAUUUAGAAGCAGCACAUUAGUCAUCAGUGUAUUGACAUUAAUACAUGGUCAUAGAGCUCUAAAGUCUGUGUGUUUUCUGUGCUAACAGUAUCUGUUCUCUCUGUACCACAGUAGAGACUUUUUGCAGUUCUUUUUGCUUCAUGCUAAUUUCAGAGUUCCUUUAAUUUCAGUGAGGUGCUGUUUUUAAGACAGUCACUUUUCUGAGUGGAACAAAUGGAUUUAACUUAGUUUUCAACAUUUAGCAUCAUCCUCUUCUCGCAUUUCUUCCUAGUUCACCUGUAAUGAUGAGUUCAAAGCUGUCUGCCUACUCUGAAAACUAUUGAGUCAUAAUAAAAAGAAAACCUGUAGCCCAGUGUGGCAAGAUCCCUGUGUGCUUUUACCAUAAACUUCUGUGGAUAGAUGCCUGUCUUGCAAGUGGAGACUUCACCCCUGCACAGUCUGCAGAAGCUGAAAGCCUCUUGGACUCAUACUGGUCAGUGGGUAUCAGCAGAUCAGGAAGUAAAGGUGCCCUCUGCCUUCACUCAGGGUGUUUGUCAAACUGAUCUGUAGUGGUUUAGCCAGAGAACUGGCAUCUUUGACUGCUACUCAAAGUCUUGACUAAAGGUUUCAUUCAGGGUAAUACUAGGAGGGUGAGUUGCUGACUUGAUCCCAUGUAAUGGCUUCCUCCAGAGAUUUAUGUUUUUGGGGGUGGAAUUGUAAAAGAGUAGGGAUAUGAGCAAAACAAUAACCUGUGCUCAAAAGAGAAAAGUUAUUCUAAUUUACUUUGUCCAGGAAGAAUGACAAAGAGGUGAGCUGGCAAUGGAAUGUUUGAAGGGUAGGCUUUUGAGGGUUUAUGCCAUCAUGCCUUAGAUCACUGCAAAUUAAGUUGCACCCAGAACUUUCAAACCUGGUGGUAAUCCCUCUUCAGAUGAGAUGUGAAGAUGGCAUGCGGAAAAACCAGUUUCCUCAGUGGCCACUCAGUCUUCCCCUCAACAUUCAAGGUUACCAGUGCACUUGUCUCUGUUUUCAUGAGUGACUAUGACUAAUGUGCUUCAUAGCUGCUACCAGCCCCCUCCACAUGCUUUGUGCAGGGAUGAUGGAGUGAAAGGGCCUUAUCUGCAUUGUCCAGCACUUGGCUGGCUGUUGACAGUGCAGGGAUGUAACGGGCCAAUUGUGAUUUACAGCUUCAGCUGGUUGCUCUGUGCUUCUCUCACAUUGCAGGUGUGAUAAUGGGGCUGUUAGUAAAAGAACUGGUUAAGUAACUUCUGGUGGGCUUUGUCCCUCUUGUUCAAUUGCUGUCUCCAGUCUCAGUCUCUUGUCCUAGCCUCACUCAUAUCUUGUCACACUGCUUGCCUGGGACUUGAGCAAGUUCCCUGUUCUCUCAUGGUGUACUAGUUCGGGUACAAAAUUCUGCAAAGCCUGGGGGCACCUGUUAGAGCCCUACUACACUUUGAAACUUCUAGUGGCUUAGGCAGUAGUUUGCUGAACUAGGACCUUGCUCACAGUGUCCUUAUUCUUUUUACUCAGCUCUAGGUAUCUUCUUGUACUGCCAUAUCUCUUACAGUCCAAAAAGGUUUGCUCCAAAGUCACUCUUGUACCAUGUAGUUGAUUCCUGUACUGCUGGUUGUUGCAAUUCAGUGGCUUUUCUUCUUGUCGUUUUUGUUCUGGGGUUUACUGCAAAUGUAAAAAACCAUACUAACUUUCUCAACUCCUGAACAUAGUACAGGGGCCUGUCCUGAGGCAUCAGGAUUAUUUGUCUCAAGCUGCACAGAAACAAGGGUCUCUUAGACAAACAAGGAAGAAACCAGCUGCAUAUACUCAAGUAGAAAGGUAUCUCUGAAUAGAAUAGCUAAGAGAGCAGCUUAUGAAUUUUAAGUAUGAAAACAAUAAUUGACAGUUUUUUGUUUGUUUUUUAAAAAUUGCUUUAACAGGAAGUUAGGUGGUAUUUUAAGCCACAGAAAGUUGCAAGGUAAACCAAGAUUUUCUGUCCAUCAGUGCAAAAUGUGCCUCUCAACUAUAAUGCAAAGUCAGUCUCUGUUGCUCUCAUGUUUGCAAUGGAAGAUUAUCUGACAACUGAUUAAAUGUGUUUCUUGUUUUUAUAUAUAAUCACUCACACAACAGUCCUUGGUGGUCUUUCCCAAGCACAUUCAACACUAUCCCUAUUUAAAAACAAAACAGGGACUGCAUUGAAUAGUGGAACCUAAUGAAUUUCCUUGGUUUGAGAGAGACCCUGGAGAUGAGUCCAGGUUCCAUGUGUUUUAAAUAUAACUUUAAACCAAUGCAGCUAUUCUCUCAGACCAGUGCAGCUUCCUACCUUUCCUUCCAUUUACAUGGGAAUUUAAAAAUAAACCAAGCAAUACAUGAGCCAGUUGAUGUCCUUGCAGGUGGAAUAUGGUUUUUUUUAAUUUGAAGAUUGAGAUUACUCUUGUAUAAGAGCUCAUUGUGGGUGCAAAAGUGUGGUGCUCAAACUAUGGCUCUUCUGCCGGCUUGUUAAAUGCAAUUAAGUAUUCUGGACUCUUUUGAAGAAGACUGUGUAAAAGCUGUGAUGGCGUAGACUGGAAUUGGUAAUUUUAAAUUUUGGGUCAUGUAAGUGUUGCUUGACUACAUGGACAAUGUAACAGUGGUUUUUAUAGAUUGGUUUCCAUGUGUCAGUCACAAAUUUUUGCUGUUUGGAGGAAAACUUUUAGUAGAUAAAUUUCCAGAUCAAAUUAUGAGCCCAUUUUCCCUCUUGCAUUAACUGGGUUAACUGUCACAUGCCAGAAAGGUGUUGCUCUUCAAAGAAGUAUGUUAGUGUAUGUGGCAAUGCCCCAUGCAGUUUUUAAAUACCUAGACCUGUACAUUCUCAUCUGAGUAUCGUUAACCAUUCUGUAGUCUGAUAAAUGAAUCUUUUACUACUGCCCUGUUACAUAGAUAAUUGUAAUUAACUGCAGUUUUUUUUUUUCCAUUACUAGAAGUUGUGUGAUCUGAAAAUUGGUGGACAAAAAGUAUUUGUGCAUCUUACUAUGGGUAUCUCUAAAUAAAAUGUAUUUGUAUAGUG